AUGUGGCGGUCGUGGAGGAAAUCGAUUGUUCAGAUUCCUGAUAAGAACUCGCAGGCGUCUCCGUUCUCUUGCUCCUCUUUCAAAGACGUUCAAGAACUUUUCGCUGACGAAACCGCUAAACCUACUUCUAGAAAGGCCUCAUUAAUAUUCCAUCGAGUCCGAUUUGUUAAUUCCUUGCUCAAAGCGUGGUCAAAUCUCCCGCCGGAUGGUCAAUCGCAGCUACGAUUUCAGCCUGAGACCGAACCGGUCCUCAAGUUUCUAGACCUUAAAUCGACUAAAUCGCCGCCGGUUCCGCCGCGAUCCGAGGCUGCACCUGUUUCGGAUAAGCGAAUAGUGGUUUAUUUCACGAGCCUACGCAUUGUGAGGUCCACUUUCGAGGACUGUCGGACUGUCCGCUCAAUACUGCGAGGGUUUCGCGUUUCGAUCGACGAACGAGAUCUGUCGAUGGAUUCGGGAUUUCUGGCCGAGUUACAGCAGAUACUUGGAAAAAAGGAGUUGGCCUUGCCGACGGUUUUCAUCGGCGGCGAAUACAUCGGCGGGGCGGAGGAAAUCAGGCGGCUACACGAGAGCGGCGAGCUGAAGAAGCUGAUUGAAGGGCUGCCGACGGCGGAUUCCGGCGUGUGUGAGGUCUGCGGCGGCUAUAGGUUCGUUCUGUGUGAAGAAUGCUAUGGAAGCCACAAAUUGUUCACGGAGAAAAGUGGGUUCAAGACGUGUACGGCUUGCAACGAGAACGGAUUAAUCAGGUGCCAUUCUUGCUCUUCUGCAACAUUCUGA